GCCGGCGCUGCGGAAGGGCCGGUGCGGCGUGUGCGGGUCGGGCGCGGCGCCAUGGACGGAGCCGGGCAGCAGGUCGGUGCUGGGGCCGAGGGGAAGCGCGACGGGGGCAAGAAGAAAGCCAAGGAAGGGGCGGAGGCCGGGGGCUGCGCGGAGCUAAAUCCCUGGCCUGAAUUCAUCAAUGACCGUCUACAGAUGUAUAAUAAACUUAAAGCUGAGCAUGAUGCAAUUCUUGGAGAGAGAGCUGCAAAUGAGAGCAAAUCCAUUACAGUCACAUUACCUGAUGGCAAGCAGGUUGAUGCUGAGUCCUGGAAGACCACCCCUUAUCAAAUCGCUUGUGGAAUCAGUCAAGGCUUAGCUGACAGCACUGUGAUUGCGAAAGUGAACAAAGCAGUUUGGGAUCUAGACCGCCCUUUGGAGGAAGACUGCACACUGGAGCUGCUCAAGUUUGAUGAUGAAGAAGCUCAAGCAGUAUACUGGCACUCGAGUGCUCACAUAAUGGGUGAAGCUAUGGAACGAAUCUAUGGUGGAUGUUUGUGCUAUGGCCCACCAAUUGAAAAUGGAUUUUAUUAUGACAUGUUCCUUGAGGAAGGGGGUGUAUCUAGUAAUGAUUUCUCUGGUUUGGAAUCUCUAUGCAAGAAAAUCAUGAAGGAAAAACAAACCUUUGAAAGACUGGAAGUUAAAAAGGAAACUCUACUUGAAAUGUUCAAGUAUAAUAAAUUCAAGUGUCGGAUCUUGAAUGAAAAAGUCAAUACUCCAACUACUACUGUGUACAGAUGUGGUCCCUUGAUAGAUUUAUGCAGAGGCCCUCAUGUAAGACACACUGGCAAGAUAAAGACUAUAAAAAUCCAUAAGAAUUCCUCUACGUAUUGGGAAGGCAAGUCUGAUAUGGAAACCCUCCAGAGGAUUUAUGGAAUUUCAUUUCCUGAUGCAAAAAUGCUAAAGGAAUGGGAAAAGUUUCAGGAGGAGGCUAAAAACAGAGAUCAUAGAAAGAUUGGACGGGACCAAGAACUAUUUUUCUUCCAUGAGCUCAGUCCCGGCAGUUGUUUUUUCUUGCCAAAGGGAGCUUACAUCUAUAACACGCUAAUUGAAUUCAUCAGGAGCGAAUAUCAAAAGCGAGGAUUCCAGGAGGUUGUCUCUCCAAACAUUUACAACAGCAAACUCUGGAUGACUUCUGGACACUGGCAGCAUUACAGUGAAAACAUGUUUUCAUUUGAAGUGGAGAAGGAGAUCUUUGCACUGAAGCCCAUGAAUUGUCCAGGACACUGCCUUAUGUUUGAUCAUCGACCAAGAUCCUGGCGUGAAUUACCAUUGCGGCUGGCUGACUUUGGCGUUCUUCAUCGCAAUGAGCUAUCUGGAGCUCUUACAGGACUCACCAGAGUGCGACGAUUCCAGCAGGAUGAUGCUCACAUAUUUUGUGCUAUGGAGCAGAUUGAAGAAGAGAUAAAGAGCUGUCUGGAAUUCUUGCGUGCUGUGUAUGAUGUCUUCGGAUUUUCCUUCAAACUAAAUCUCUCUACUCGUCCUGAAAAGUACCUUGGAGAUAUUGAAGUGUGGAAUCAAGCUGAAAAGCAACUUGAGAACAGUCUCAAUGAAUUUGGUGAGAAAUGGGAAUUAAACCCUGGGGAUGGAGCUUUUUAUGGACCCAAGAUUGACAUUCAGAUUAAAGAUGCCAUUGGACGAUAUCAUCAGUGUGCUACAAUCCAGCUGGAUUUCCAACUCCCAAUCAGAUUUAAUCUGACCUUUGUAAGCCAUGAUGGUAAUGACAAGACAAGGCCAGUUAUUAUUCACCGGGCCAUCUUAGGAUCUGUGGAAAGAAUGAUUGCUAUUCUGACUGAAAGCUAUGGUGGCAAAUGGCCUCUCUGGCUGUCCCCUCAGCAAGUGAUGGUGGUACCAGUGGGACCAACAUGUGAUGAAUAUGCACAAAAGGUCAGGCAGCAGUUCCAUGAUGCUGGAUUAAUGUCCGAUGUUGAUGUGGAUCCUGGCUGCACGCUGAACAAGAAGAUCAGAAAUGCUCAGCUUGCACAGUAUAACUUCAUCCUAGUUGUUGGUGAAAAAGAAAAGGCAAGUGGAACAGUGAACAUCCGUACCAGGGACAACAAAGUGCACGGUGAACGCACGGUUGCUGAUACUGUGGAGAGGCUGGUAGAACUGAAACGAACACGGAGUAAAAAUGCUGAAGAGGAUUUUUAACUAAACUGUUUGAUUUUUUUUUCCCCUGUACCUUGUGUGAAAAGAAGUACGCUUUUUCAAACUUGGUUAAAUCAUACUGUAUGUAAUAAUUGCACUGCAUUGAAUUGGAUUUGAAAUGGGCAUUCGCCCAAUGUUCCAACAAAAAUCCAAAAAUGAAAUAUUUUUCUAAUUUGGCAUUACAGCUAUACUUUAGUUAUAUACAAACGGUGACAGGAAACUGCUUGAUGUCUGACCAAAUAAAGCCAAGUAAAUGAACCUUAAUGUGAUAAAUAUGGGAAAGUGGACUUUUGUUAAUCAGGGAUUAAAAUACAAUAGUAAUUUAAUACUGUUCUAAAUAUUCUAUUGAGAAUAAAUGCAUUUUGGUAACUAAA